AUGUCCUUCGGUUUUGACCUCGGUGGCCAUCAUGCCGUCACCACAGUGCUUGGCGUCGCCGCAUUCGCUGGUGUUCUGGUCUAUCUCACAGGCAUGCUCGUCAACAACCGCAAGGUUUUCUCGAGGUUCAGCCGCGCUCCGUCGUUCAGCCAACCGGCCGAAAAGCCCUCCGUGACCACGGCCGAGAAGCAUAGCUACGUGAACGCGUUCCCGCCGUCCCAGAGAGCCACAAUUGCGGAGCUCGGACCACAAUUCGCGGACGUCAAGGAGGUCGACCUCGCCGUGACGCCGAAGCCCCUGUUGAGGGUGGAUGCCGACUAUCGCUCCGCCAGCCCCUCCUUGUUCAACUUCAGCGGCUUCAGCAUUGACGAUAUUCGGAGAUUGGGUGACUUUCCCGACUAUGCAACUAUUUCAGAUGUUCCAUUGCCGUCGCCGCUGGAGAACUUUGAUAUUGACAAGGCCGUCCCGCGGCCCUACCGGCCGUUUAGAUGGGCAUACCACCAGACCAUGUCUUUAACCAAGAUGGACACGGAUUUCUGGAUCGAGCUCGAAAACACGUACAGGCACCGUAUCGCCGAGCGCAAAGAUCUGUAUGCAAAGAAUGGGGGCGAUGUUCUUGCCAGCAUGCCGGGCUCCGAGCUUGCCUGUAAGGAACUCAUGGAGAUGGUCAUAGAGUUCAUCUGCGCAAGAUACCCUAACCAAUUCAAGCGCGAUGGCAAUAUCUUGCAAAACAACAUUCUAGGGACGACAACAGACCUCUCCGUCACCGAACCACUCAUUGUGCUUUUGGAUAACGUCCCUGAAGACUUUGGCAUUAUGCUUCGGGAUCAUGAGACCGGAAAGUAUGUUCUGCGAGCCGGCAUGGUGUGCUCCUCUGUUGGCUGGAAGCUCAGUGAGAAGGCCGGCUUGGGACUGCCAGGAAUUCACAAAGUGGUUCCGGAUUACAAGGAGAAGAUGGAGUUCAGCAUGGAUCGAUUCUUCACCAAAAUACCCACCAAUAAGCCCAUUCAACGCGGUUCGUGGGGUCUAGAGAUGGGUCAGCCGCUCUAUCUUCCCUCAGAGCACCCCGACUUUUCUCACCGCGAGCGUCAAAACCCCAGCCUGCAACCCGAAGAUGUCUACUUGCGCGUCGAUUGGCAGACAAUGCGCCGCCUACCACUAUCAGGCGGCGUGGUCUUCAAUUUCAAAGCACUUUUCACGCCCUUGACCGAAUUCAAGGACGAACCGUACAUCCCUUCUCUAGUUCUCAAGGUUCUGAACGAGGGCAAGGAGAGCCUCUUGAAAUACAAGGGGACAUGGCACGUAGAGCAUGUGGUAAAGCCAACACUAAAGGAAUAUGAGAAGUAUCAGGUUGAGAAUGGUCUGAUUGAGGAGGAUUGGGAGCCGCAUACUCUGGCCGAGGCCCCAUUCUUCAAGGGAUGGGAGAAGAAGUGGUCCACUGAAUGA